CCUCUCACUGCUCGCCCCGAUUCCGGCGGUCUAACCAAAAAAAAAAGCCCCGAUUCCCGGCCUUCCCCACCCUUCUCCCCGGAUCUCGAGCUCGAAGCCGUCGCCAUGGCCCUCCUCGUGGAGAAGACCUCCUCUGGGCGCGAAUACAAGGUGAAGGACCUCUCCCAGGCCGACUUCGGCCGCCUCGAGAUCGAGCUCGCGGAGGUCGAGAUGCCCGGCCUCAUGGCCUGCCGCUCCGAGUUCGGUCCCUCCCAGCCCUUUAAGGGCGCCCGCAUCUCCGGAUCCCUCCACAUGACCAUCCAGACCGCCGUCCUCAUCGAAACCCUCACCGCCCUCGGCGCCGAGGUCCGCUGGUGCUCCUGCAACAUCUUCUCCACCCAGGACCACGCCGCCGCCGCCAUCGCCCGCGACUCCGCCGCCGUCUUCGCCUGGAAGGGGGAGACCCUCCAGGAGUACUGGUGGUGCACCGAGCGCUGCCUCGACUGGGGCCCCGCCGGCGGGCCGGACCUCAUUGUCGACGAUGGCGGCGAUGCCACCCUCCUCAUCCACGAGGGGGUCAAGGCCGAGGAGGAGUACGAGAAGACCGGCAAGAUGCCGGAUCCGACCUCCACCGACAAUUCCGAGUUCCAGAUCGUGCUCGGGCUCAUCAGGGACAGCCUUAAGGUGGAUCCCAAGAAGUACACCAAGAUGAAGGAGAGGCUCGUCGGCGUCUCCGAGGAGACCACCACCGGGGUCAAGCGGCUGUACCAAAUGCAGGCCAAUGGGACCCUUCUCUUCCCCGCCAUCAACGUCAACGACUCCGUCACCAAGAGCAAGUUCGAUAACCUGUAUGGAUGUCGCCACUCUCUCCCUGAUGGGCUUAUGAGAGCCACCGACGUUAUGAUCGCCGGCAAGGUGGCGGUGGUUUGUGGAUAUGGAGAUGUGGGCAAGGGCUG